AUGGCUGCGGCCUCGCCCGCCCGCGUCCCUCCCGCAGAGCUGGGGAACCUGGCAGGCGUCCGGCACAUCAUCCUGGUCCUCUCCGGAAAAGGGGGCGUCGGGAAAAGCACCAUCGCCACCGAGCUGGCCCUGGCGCUACGCCACAGGGGCAAGAAGGUGGGGAUCCUCGACGUGGAUCUGUGCGGCCCCAGCAUCCCGCGCAUGCUGCACGCCCAGGGGCGGGCCGUGCACCAGUGCAGUGGUGGCUGGGUGCCCGUGUUUGUGGAUCAGGAGCAGAGCAUCUCUCUCAUGUCUGUGGGCUUCUUGCUGGAGAAGCCUGAUGAGGCUGUAGUCUGGCGAGGCCCCAAGAAGAACGCCCUGAUAAAGCAGUUUGUGUCUGAUGUGGCCUGGGGGGAGCUGGACUACCUGGUUGUGGACACCCCGCCGGGGACCUCUGAUGAGCACAUGGCUGCAGUGGAGGCCCUGCGCCCCUGCAGGCCGCUGGGGGCCCUGCUGGUCACCACGCCUCAGGCCGUGUCUGUGGGGGACGUGAGGCGGGAGCUGACCUUCUGCAGGAAGACGGGGCUGCAGGUGCUAGGGGUCGUGGAGAACAUGAGCGGCUUUGCCUGCCCGCACUGUGCUGAGUGCACCAACGUCUUCUCCAGGGGCGGCGGGGAGGAGCUGGCCCUGCUCACCGGAGUCCCUUUCUUAGGCUCUGUGCCCCUGGACCCUGAACUCACCAGGAGUCUGGAGGAGGGCCGGGACUUCAUCCAGGAAUUCCCCAAGAGUCCUGCAUUUUCUGCACUUAUCUCCAUAACCCAGAAAAUUCUGGAUAGGACGUCCACUCUGCUCUCCUGACAUGACCCCAUGGCCACCCCCGGUACAUCUGAGUGCUGGGCUUGCAGCUUCCAAAAACCUACGGGACAGAGUCCUCAGUGUGGCUCCCGGGACCUGCAGAGGCUGGUCCGAAGCCUCCCCGGCCUG